AUGUCAACAGAAGACCUCGGUGACCAAAUUUCGCAAGUGAUAGAAGAAUAUCAAGCGGGUUACACCGAUGAAUACGUGUUGGCUGCAGCAUCUGAAGUCAUCCUCAUUUUCGACCAUCUCCUAACAUUUGGCCGAGAGGUCAAUUUCUUCUGGAACCGGCGCGUGUCCGGCCCAACAGUACUAUUCAUCUUGAAUCGCUACCUUGCCCUUAUUCUCCGGAUUUUUUCGUCCCUUAGUUUGCGCCCAUUUACUAACCAGGUCUCGACACUCACUUUCCCGUGCUUUCAAGACGUCAGUUUAAUGUAUGAUGUUCUUAACUUCAUUGAGCUCAAGUACGUGUACAACAGCUGCACCACACUGGACAACACCAUUUCGGUCUUGGAAUUCAUACAGCCCAUUCCUCCUGCAGCAUUCUCCGCGAUGCGCGCAUUAGCGCUGAGUCAAAGUCGCCCACUUGCAGUGCUGGUGCUGGUAUUUUCCAUUGUGAAUGUGGGCUUCGACUUUGGUGUUCCUCAAUAUCAUAGGCAGAGUUUCAGUGAUCCGACUUGGGGCUGCCUCGUGGUGUUCCUUUCAAUCCCUACGCCGGUCCUGAUAACCGGGGAGGUACUUUCUCGGUCACUGCUGAUCCUCGCAGAUGGAAUCGUUAUCUUUCUGACCUGGAAAAACGCACGCUCUUCUGAAAUGAAACUGAAGACUGGUUCUCCACGAACGUUAAACGACAUCAUGCUACGCAACGGAGCCAUGUAUUUCGUUGUUUUUCUCAUUAUCAACACUCUCCGCAUGGCAACCACUUUGAGAGGGGUAGGCAAUAUAAUCAUAGUAACCCCUGGUCAAGACUCCUUGAUUAGUGCAUUCAACGAUCCUAUUACUACGAUCCUCGUCUCGCGAUUUCUGCUUGACCUACAGGAGGCUCAUCAGCGGACAGUCAAGCUCGGCACAGAUGACCCACUCCACUCGUCUGCCUCCGAAUUCCAGGUCGGCAUCGGAUCCCUGCAAUUCGCGGUUGACGCCAUGGGAUCCAUCGGGGCGGAUCUCCGGAGCUUGGACGAAACCCACACCUCACGGGUAGAAGACAACUACGAACCUGACAGAGUACUCAGGACGGAGGACGCAGAAAACGCAGAGUAG